AUGGCUUCCGAUGCCACCAACCCAGGAAUCGAGCUUUACGACUCAACCAUUACUGUCCCUUCAGACUCAGAAAAUUACUCGGCCAACCAAGAGAUGUCCUCAUCAGCUCCCUCUACAUCCGGUUCACCUUUGAUUCUCUACAAGACCCCUUCAAUCUGGGGUGUCCUCCGUGGCGCAGCGAUUAAUUUGAUACUCCCAUUUGUUAACGGUUUAAUGUUGGGAUUCGGUGAGCUGUUUGCUCACGAGGCGGCUUUCCGUCUAGGAUGGUCAAACACCAAGAUAUCUACCUUUCGAUCACGAAGCCUUCGCGCUCCUACACAACGCGGGCAACUAGGCUCGAGUAUUUCUGGCAAUCCUUUUCGAUGGGCCGCGCCCUCGGCUAUUGGCCCGGCUGCAAUCCGUUUCAACUCUACUUCUUCCAGCGAGAAACCAUCCCUCCCCGAUAUGCCAGGCCAACUUCCAGAAUUCGAUGAUCCCGCGCUCUUCGAUCCCGCCUCAAUUCCUGAAGGAAUUGGAUACCUGCAUCAACUCGGUUUAUCAUAUGGCAUUGGUCCAUCGUCUGUGAUGCAGUGGGUGAUAGAACAUAUACACUUAUGGACUGGAAUGCCGUGGUACGCUAGUAUAUUUGCCACAGGUAUUCUGCUGCGUCUUGCACUUUUGAAGCCGAUGAUCAAUAGUUCCGAUAACGCUGCUAGAAUGAACAACGCCAAGCCUUUCACAGACCCAGUGCGAGCAGAGUGGUUAGCUGCCAAGACUAAAGGAGAUCUGCUAGCAACGCAACAGAAGCAGUUGGAGCUAAAAGAUAUAAGCGCAAAGCAUGGCAUUAAAAUGUACAAAUCCCUCGUUCCUAUGCUUCAGAUUCCUUUUGCAUUUGGCAUGUUCCGAGUCGUUAAUGGCAUGGCAUCUCUGCCAGUCCCGGGCUUGGCUCAGGAGUCUUUAUGGUGGCUAAAGGAUUUGACAGUGGCUGAUCCACUGUAUGUGCUUCCUUUGCUUACUUCUGCCUGCCUCUAUCAAACACUGAAGAGAGGUGGCGAGACAGGCUCUGCGGCUGUAAAUGGUCCUGUUAUGAAAAUCAUGCAGAUUGCUAUGCCAACUAUUUCAGGCCUCUUCAUGAUGAAUUUCUCGAGUGCACUUCAACUAUACUUUGUGGGAACUGGCGCGUUCGCUCUUGGCCAAACCUACCUGGUUAAUGACAAACGAUUCCGCAAGUGGAUGAAUCUUACCCAGACUGUCAUACACGCCAAUCCUUCAACCCCUGAAUCUUUGAAAAUGUCCAAGCAAUUCUUGCAGGAACAAGCUAAAGAGCUCGAGAAUGAACAAUUGAGCUUCGUCGACCGCAAGCUUCGCGAUGGCAAAUCUGUCUUCCAAAGUGCUGCAACUCAGGCCCAGGAAAAGGUCCAGGAAAUGGUAGGUGGAGGUCCGACUAAGAAUGCUGAUGGCUCAACUGUACCCCCACCUCGUCUCACUCCAUCGCAAAAGAGGGAGGCGGAUGAGUAUGAAAAAAACAGACUCUUCAAUUACCAGCGGGAGAUUGAUCAGCGCAAUGAAGCACUCCGGAAGGAGCAUAUGAGAGCCCUCGCUCAGCAGAAGGGAAAGGCCAAACAAGAUAUUCAGAGGCACAAAAACAAGGCUAGUCGCAAGUGA